AUGCUUGACGAAGACAUAAUUGGAAAAGUAAGUGACAUUUUAGACAUAGAUAAUACCGAAAACGCUUAUCAAAAUUUAAAAGAAAGGCUUAUCAACACAUAUGGUAGGACUGACGAAGAAAAAUUUCGCGAGUUAAUUUCUGGAAUUUCGUUAGGCGACGAAAAACCUUCAUUAAUGUUAUCAAAAAUUAAAUCAUUAGCAGGCAACAACUGUCCACCUCACUUAUUAAAACAAAUGUGGUUACAACGCCUACCUAAUCAAGCCCAAAUAGUACUAGCAGUAGCUCCAAAAACAUCUACGGUCGACGAACUAGCAGAAAUGGCCGAUCGGGUAGUAGACGUCUCACUAAAUACAGUGAACCAAAUACAAGAACAAUACAAACCAAACAGUAUAGAAGACAAAAUAGCUGACCUCCAACAACAAAUCAAGCAAUUACAAUUACAGCGAGGACGAACUUACACAAGCAACAAACCGGGGAGCCACUCACGUUCAAAAUCACGAUCCCGUUUUAAUGCAGAUGGACCACUAUGCUACUACCAUUAUAAAUUUCGUAGUAAAGCACAAAAAUGUCUUAAACCAUGUAAAUGGACCUUACAAAAACCAUCAGACAAGACGGAAAACUAG